CAUUAGAAAAUUCUAGCAAGUGCCAAAAUUAGAUCUUAACUAAUGCAACUAUAUAUAAUUACGUCAUCAUAAGGAUUUCCAAAAUGAAUCAAGGAAUAAGUUUCGUUUUUAAAAUUGAUUCAUAGUCUAUAAAGGAUAAAAAAAUGUUUAUGGUGUUCUUGUUGGGGUUAAUCGUAAGCAGUGUAACAGCCGCGGAGUACGGUACUUGCAAAACCUGUUUUGAUGGCUACACGGGGGCACAAUGUACACAGGCUCUUUGCUAUGGAGAAACCACAUGUUUCAAUGGCGGGACUUGUUCUUCACCAAAUAAUUGCACAUGUCCCGAAAAUUAUAUCGGAUCGAAAUGUGAACAAGCCUUGUGUUAUGGAUCAGUGACAUGUGAAAAUGGUGGGACAUGUACAUCUCCAGACGAAUGUUCUUGCACGGAAGGGUUUACUGGUCAAAGAUGUGAAACAGAAGUCAGCGGGCAUACAAGUAGCAGUGGAAGCUCCAUCCCUAACUCACAUAUGGUCAUUGUAAUGCUCAUUGUUAAGAUAUUCCACAUGGCUCAUAAUUUUUUUGUUUAAAAACACAUGGCUCCAACAAAUAUAGUAUUUGGUUUUCUACACAUGACUCUUACAGAUAUAGUAUUUGGUUAAUUACACAUGACUCUUACAUGUUUAGUAUAUUGUUAACUACGCAUGACUCUUACAGAAAUAGCAUUUGAAUAACUAAAUAUGUAUCUUACAAAUAUAGUAUUUGGUUAUCUACACAUGACUCUUAUAGAUAUAGUAUUUGGUUAACUACACAUGACUCUUACAGAUAUAGUAUUUGGUUAACUACACAUGACUCUUACAGAUAUAGUAUUUGGUUAACUACACAUGACUCUUACAGAUAUAGUAUUUGGUUAACUACACAUGACUCUUACAGAUUUAGUAUUUGGUUAUCUACACAUGACUCUUACAGAUAUAGUAUUUGGUUAACUACACAUGACUCUUACAUGUUUAGUAUUUUGUUAACUACGCAUGACUCUUACAGAAAUAGCAUUUGAAUAACUAAAUAUGUAUCUUACAAAUAUAGUAUUUGGUUAACUACACAUGACUCUUACAGACAUAGUAUUUGGUUAACUACACAUGACUCUUACAGAUAUAGUAUUUGGUUAACUACACAUGACUCUUACAAAUAUAGUAUUUGGUUUACUACACAUGACUCUUACAGAUAUAGUAUUUGGUUAACUACACAUGACUCUUACAUGUUUAGUAUUUUGUUAACUACGCAUGACUCUUACAGAAAUAGCAUUUGAAUAACUAAAUAUGUAUCUUACAAAUAUAGUAUUUGGUUUUCUACACAUGACUCUUACAGACAUAGUAUUUGGUUAACUACACAUGACUCUUACAGACAUAGUAUUUGGUUAACUACACAUGACUCUUACAGACAUAGUAUUUGGUUAUCUACACAUGACUCUUACAGACAUAGUAUUUGGUUAACUACACAUGACUCUUACAGAUAUAGUAUUUGGUUAACUACACAUGACUCUUACAGAUAUAGUAUUUGGUUAACUACACAUGACUCUUAUAGAUAUAGUAUUUGGUUAACUACACAUGACUCUUACAUGUUUAG